AUUUCGCUGAAAGCUGCAGGUCUCUUUUUUUAGAGGAGUUAUUCUGUCAGCCAACGCAGAGCAUCUGUCAUGGUGAUUAUUGUGAUUUGUCUGUUUUUGUGUUUUUUUUCCCCUUCAACUGUUUGUGAAAUGUUCAAAACAUCUCCAGAACAAUCCUGAGAGAAACGCUGAAUGUCACCGGUGGAUUUCGUCAAUCACAAUCAAGUAGAAAUCUCGCCUGGUGCUGUCCGUUCUCUGCUGUUGUGUUUUACUAAGGUUGGAUUUUGAAGGUAGUGAACACUAUGAUGAAUGUUUAUGUCUUAUUACUUAUGCUGUUUUUUUCUAUGUCCUUUUGAACCACUCUGUAAUCAGAUUAAUGCCAAGAGAGCUGUCCACUGAAUGUACAGUCAGGCUGUGUUAUUUUUUACCUAUUGUUCUGAAUGUUCUAAUGUAACAAAAUCCGAUGGGUCCAUUUGAGACGUUCUGAGCGAUUUCCAAACGGGAUGAUGCUGGUUUGUGGACGCUUUUCCUCAGCGUUGGUGCAGCCACACCAUCUCCACAGUCCUCCAGUCGCCCUUCUUAAAAUCGCUACAUACAAAGAAUGUUGUGUCUGAGGAAAGGUGGUGCAGGUGAUGAUGGAGAAGCAGGAGGACAAACGAAAGUGCUUUGAAAAGAUGCUGGGAAAAGAAAUGUGCUUUAAAUGUUGCAGCAAAUAAUGUACAGAGCCUCCAUGUGUAUGUGUCACCCAAAGACAACCAUUUAACCACACAGGAUCUUAACACACAGUGGUGUAGAAAGUGUCACUAUCCACGUCGCAGCACUCAUUCAUUCAGCCUGCCACUGUAUGAAUAUCAUAUUUGGCUCAGAAAUGACUAGAUGACGUGUUUCUGAAAUCUGUGUUGCUGGAGGAAACAUUAGACUCGUGUUUCUCUGCUGUUGUGGGCAGGAGCUGUUGAUUGUUCGUGGGGGGGUAGUUUCAGCUUCAUCAGAUGAAGGAUGUGACUGUGAAGAGGCCAACCUAAAUGUGUGUUUUAUCCAAGGUUCAAUAAAUUCCAACGCCACUUUUCCAGCGGACUCAGUGUUUUGUGUGCUGAGGCUGAGCAUUCACAGAAAGCUUGACCGUCGCGUGUGUUUUUCGCAGCUCGGUGUGAAGGUGUUAACUAGAGGCUGCGCCAUCGCAGUGACUUCACACAGAUGAUGUCUCUGUAACUUCCUGUCUCCUGACAGCCGAGCCCCACACAGGAAACCAGACCCACCAGAGCUGAUGUGAAGAAGUGGCAGAUCAGCUGUCGCCAUUGAGAGUUCUGCCUUCGAGGUGCUGAUCGGCUGAAUGACCCGGGAUUAGACAGCUCCAUCUCCAUGUGCGCAGCUCCUCCCUCCAGUCCCACCAGUCCCACCAGUCCCACGGCAUCGGCCCUGGUCCAGUUCCAGCUCGGCCUGUUCAGGGAGGUGGUGCAAGUCUCCGCCGGCAACCUCACCUACCGCCAUGCGAAAAGGCUGGCGGCCGACAUCAUCGAGCGCAAGGCUCCGGACUGCAACGUGGUGGGUGUCGGGGAGAAGGUUCUGCUGUUCAGACACCAGCCGUCCUCCGAGCAGCUGCUGCAGCGCCUGUUGGACCACGACCAGCUGCAGGACGGAGACCUCAUCGAGGUCAUCAUCGCAGGAUCGGCCACCGUCACAAAGGUGCGGAUCCGGCCACACUCUCUGGUGGUGCAGUCGUACCGGACUCCCACCUUCUGUCACCACUGUGGAGAGAUGCUGUGGGGCCUCGUUCGACAGGGGCUGAAGUGUGACGGUUGCGGCUUGGACUUCCAUAAGCGCUGUGCCCUCCAGUUGCCUAAUGACUGCAGCCGAGCGCGGCGGCAGGUCAGCACCAGCUUCUCCCUGUUCCCCCCAAGACGACCUCGCACGCACUCGCUGUCCAACCAGGCGGGAGGCAGCCUGGAGGAGAUCAGCAUGUCCAAGCCCUCGUCCAGGCCUCCGUCCUGGGCGGAGCCUCCGGUGUGGCUGGGCGCCAGGAGCCAGCCUCAGGUGCCUCACACCUUCCACAUCCACAGCUACACCAAGCCCACCGUGUGCCAGCACUGCCACCGGCUGCUGAAGGGCCUGUUCAGACAGGGGCUGCAAUGCUCAGACUGCAGGUUUAACUGCCAUCGCCGCUGCGAGCCUCUCGUCCCCAGAGACUGUCCAGGAGAGAGGAGAGGCGUCAACGGGGAAGAAUCCCCGUCAGCGCGUCACAGCUGCCCACCAGACGACCAGGACAACGACUCAGAGCUCACCAGCACAUCAACACUAGACACCUCUGAUGACGAGAUGACCACGGACGAGGAGCUGCUGGUCCAGAGCAAGGACGAGGAGCCGGUGCGGGAGCCAAUGAGCCCGUGUUUCAGCAGCUACAUCCCCCUGAUGAGGCUCGUUCAGUCGGUGCAUCACACUAAGAGGCGAGCGGGCGCCGUCCUGAGAGAAGGAUGGCUGCUGCACCACACCGACAGUGACGCGCUGAGGAAACGUCAUUACUGGAUGUUGGACGGGAAGACUAUCACUCUGUACCAGAACGAGAGCAGCAUGAAGUACUACAAGGAGAUCCCUCUGUCUGAGGUGCUGGAGGUCCGAGGCUCCGGCCAGCUCUCCGUAUCCACGUUGCCAGGCAACAAGGCCCACUGGUUUGAGAUGGUGACGGCCGUGCUGGUGUACUGCGUGGCCGGGGAGGACGCAGCGGAGUGGGAGAGCGCCGUCCGUCAGGCCCUGAUGCCGGUGCAGGGCAGCGGAGGCCACAGCGAGGAGAGCCAGGAUGCACAUUCACUGAGUGACAGCACGGACAUCAGCUCCGUGUAUCAGAUCUUCACAGAUGAUGUUCUGGGUUCGGGACAGUUUGGCGUAGUGUACAGAGGUACUCACAGGAAGUCGGGUCGAGCCGUUGCGGUCAAAGUCAUUGACAAGACGCGCUUCCCCACCAAAGAGGAGCGAGCGCUGAGGAAUGAGGUUUCCAUCCUGCAGAGCCUGUCCCACCCCGGCGUGGUCCUGCUGGAGGAGAUGUUCGAGACCGUGGAGCACCUCUUCGUCGUCAUGGAGAAGCUCCACGGAGACAUGCUGGAGAUGAUUCUGUCCAGUGAUAAAGGCCGGCUCCCUGAACGCAACACUCGCUUCCUGGUCACACAGAUCCUAGAAGCUCUCCGGUAUCUGCACGUCAAGCACAUCGCUCACUGUGACCUGAAACCUGAGAAUGUCCUUCUGGCCUCAGCAGACCCCUUCCCUCAGGUGAAGCUGUGCGACUUCGGCUUCGCCCGGAUCAUUGGUGAGAAGUCGUUCCGGCGCUCAGUCGUCGGGACGCCUGCCUACCUGGCGCCCGAGGUGAUCAGCAGCUGCGGCUACAACCGCUCCCUGGACAUGUGGUCGGUGGGCGUCAUCAUGUACGUGAGCCUGAGCGGCACGUUCCCCUUCAACGAGGACGAGGACAUCAAGCAGCAGAUCACAAACGCUGCCUUCAUGUACCCUCGGCAGCCCUGGGCCUCCAUCUCCCUGGAGGCUGUGAGUCUUAUCAACAACCUGCUGCAGGUGUCGGUGAGGAGGAGGUUCAGCGUGGGCAAAGCCCUGGGACACCCCUGGCUGCAGGACUUCCAGCUCUGGUGUGACCUCAGGGAAUUUGAGCACAAGCUGGGUUGCAGGUAUGUGACGCACCUUGAUGAGGAGGAGCGCUGGCGACGCUACGCCCAGGAGAGAGGCGUGGACUUCCCUGCCCACCUGUGCUGGGACCCCAUCAAUGACCCUGACAUGUGACCUGGGCGUAUAGGUGAACAGACUGAGCAGCUCAGAAAACCACUCAAACCUCAACGUCUCAUCCACUGAAUAGUUUUCCAGGCAUUCACACUCAUUCCCAGCGGUGCUUGGGCAGCUUUAUUACAUGUACUUGUUUAUCACAUAUAAUAAAAACACAAACUGCUGUUUAGUAAUAUAA